GGAUUUGGAGGCAGGGAAUGCUGAAGGGGGCUGGGAAUUCCCUUCAUCCUUCCUGGAGCGGCUAUCCCCUAGGGCUCCUGACUCAUGGUAUCCCCUCUCCUCUCUGCUCCCAGGGACCAGAAGAUGAGCUCCAAGAUCCCCCAACGCCUGUUGCUGCCACUGCUGCUGCUGCUGCCAGCCCUGGGGUCCAGGGUGCAGGGCUGCCCAUCAGGCUGCCAGUGCAACCAGCCACAGACAGUCUUCUGCACUGCCCGCCAGGGGACCACGGUGCCUCAUGAUGUGCCGCCCGACACAGUGGGCCUGUACAUCUUUGAGAACGGCAUCACCACACUUGAUGUGGGCAGCUUUGCCAGCCUGCCGGGCCUGCAGCUCCUGGACCUGUCGCAGAACCAGAUCACCAGCCUGCCGGGUGGGGUCUUCCAGCCUCUAGCCAACCUCAGCAACCUGGACCUGACAGCCAACAGGCUGCGAGAAAUCACCAAUGACACCUUCCGUGGCCUGCGGCGCCUGGAGCGCCUCUACCUGGGCAAGAACCGCAUCCACCACAUCCAGCCCGGUGCUUUCGAUGCACUUGACCACCUCCUGGAGCUCAAGCUGCAGGACAACGAGCUGCGGGUGCUGCCCCCGCUGCGCCUGCCGCGCCUGCUGCUGCUCGACCUCAGUCACAACAGCCUCCCAGCCCUGGAGCCCGACAGCCUGGACACCGCCAAUGUUGAGGCGCUGCGGCUGGCCGGCUUGGGGCUGCGGCGGCUGGACGAGGGGCUCUUUGGCCGCCUGCGCAACCUCCACGACCUGGACGUAGCCGACAACCAGCUGGAGCGUGUGCCGCCUGCCAUCCGUGGCCUGCGGGGCCUGACGCGCCUGCGGCUGGCCGGCAACACGCGCAUCGCCCAGCUGCGGCCCGAGGACCUGGCUGGCCUGGUGGCCCUCCAGGAGCUGGACCUGAGCAACCUGAGCCUGCAGGCCCUGCCGCACGAGCUCUCAGGCCUCUUCCCCCGCCUACGGCUCUUGGCGGCUGCCCGUAACCCCUUCAACUGUGUGUGCCCCCUGAGCUGGUUUGGCCCCUGGGUGCGAGAGAGCCGUGUGGCGCUGGCCAGCCCCGAGGAGACGCGCUGCCACUUCCCACCCAAGAACGCGGGCCAGCUGCUCCUGGACCUUGACUAUGCUGACUUUGGCUGCCCGGCCACCACCACCACGAGGCCCACGGUGCCCACCACGAGGCCCACGGUGUGGGAGCCCACAUUCCCACCUUCUAGCCCAGCUCCCACCUGGUUUAGCCCCACAGAGCCUGCCACCGAGGCCCAGAGCCUGCCAUCUGAUGUUCCACCAACUGUGGGGCUUGCCCCCUGGCCCCAGGACUGCCCGGCAUCCAUCUGCCUCAACGGGGGCACCUGCCACCUGGGGCCUCGGGGCCACCUGGAGUGCCUGUGCCCCGAGGGCUUCACCGGCCUGUACUGUGACAGCCGGGUAAGGCAAGGGCCAAGGUCCAGUCCUGCCCCGGCCACGCCACGGCCACCCCAGCCCCUGCCCCUCGGCAUCGAGCCUGCAAGCCCCACCUCCCUGCGGGUGGGGCUGCAGCGCUACCUGCAGGGCAGCCCUGUGCAGCUCAGGAGCCUCCGCCUCACCUACCGCAACCUGUCUGGUCCCGACAAGCGGCCAGUGACACUGCGGCUGCCCGCCUCACUCGCUGAGUACACAGUCACCCAGCUGCGGCCCAACGCCACCUACUCCAUCUGUGUCAGGCCCCUGGGGGCCGGGAGGGUGCCUGAGGGCGAGGAGGCCUGUGGGGAGGCCCGCACACCCCCAGCUGUCCGUUCCAACCACUCCCCCAGUGAAGCCCCACCAGGAGGGCCUGAGUGUGAGGUGCCGCUCAUGGGCUACUCGGGGCCCAGCCCACAGGGGCCCCUCCCUGCUAAACCCUACAUCUAAGCCUGGGAGUGAUGGACCACCGAGGCCAGGUGCUCAGCCCCACUGGGACUGGCCAGUCUCCUGCUGCCAGACCAAGGAAGUUCUCAGAUCUGAACAACGAGGACACGUCAGGACUGGGGCCGUGUGACCCCUCUCUGGACCUUGGUCUCCUAGUCUGUAAGAUGCUGAGACCCAGGUGAUGACCUCUGAGGUGUGACCCAACUCGAGUGCCUAAAGGAUGGCAUCAGCCCGUCCUCUGCAACAUGCAACCCCCGGGGUGGGGCGGGCCCUGCCGUGUGCUGGUAACACAGGCCCGGGGCUGCGAAGCCCCACACCCCAGGGAGGCUCUGGGUGGCCAGUGAAGGAAGCCCCCGGAAAAGAGAGCAGAGGGAGAGUGAGGUUAGGGAUGGGGUGUGUGGCCCUGCCUCGGCUCCAGGGAGUGAAGGAACAAAAGAAACUGGAAAGCAAGAUGCUUUAGGAACAAGUUUUGCUUUUGUUUUUUAAAAUAUAUUUAUAAAAGAUCCUUUCCCAUUUAUUAUGGGAAAAUGUUUUCAAACUCAGAGACAAGGACUUUGGUUUUUGUAAGACAAACAAUAUGAAGGCCUUUUGUAAGAAAAAUAAAGGAUGAAAAGAAAUGA